UUCCAGCGCGCGGGUUUACGCUAACAGCGAAGAGCUAAUCUGACUACCCUGUCAUCAUUCACAUUUAAUUAACUAUUCAGGGCCGAGACUUGGUGCUACCAAACACAUCACAUAGUCUCGCCAUGUUUUAUAAUUGACAACUUGUCCCUCCGUGGAAUGGCGUUUAAUGAAUCGUGGUGGAAAUGCGACUUUUCGUCUUUUUUUCGUCCCACACCCAAGACGUGAGUGACUGCGGCGGGUUGUUUGUAUCGAAGUUUCCGCCCGGUGGCAUGCGUCGUCCCGGCCCUUGUUAGCUCGUCGGCUCGGAGCUUGCUAGCCGAGCAGAAUGAAACUGCAGUGCGAUGUGGAGGUGGUGAAUCGUAUGCUGCCCACCUUUGGCAUGAAAAGUCGCGGUAAGGGCGCGAGGGCGGUGCUUUCCAUAGGGAAACACUUGGAUAAGACCAGCCAACGCUGUCAAGUCUACAUGAUGAUCUGCACCGCCAAGGACAGAACAGGCUCCAAGUAUAAGCUCAAAGACAACAUUGAGAAGUUUUUCACAUGGUUUGUGGAGGAGGGCAAGGCCACGGUGAGAUUGAAGGAACCCGCUGUGGACAUCUGUCUGAGCAAGGCCGACGCGAACAGCUUGAAGAACUUCCUGUCUGCCGCUCGCUUGGCAGACAGAGGGAGCGAAGCCAGUAGCCUUCCGCUCUCCACCCUCACGCCUGUUCGUGCCAGAGACGUGGAGCAACCCAAGAAGAAGUUGACCAUCGUCUCCAAGAAGGACUACCCGCUCACCUCCAGUUUUCCUUACUCCCUGGAGCAGCUACAGGUCUCUUACUGCAAGCUGUCGCGUGUGGACAUGCGGAUGCUGUCGCUUAAAGCUCUUCGCAAGCUGGACCUCAGCAACAACCACAUCAAGAAGCUCCCCGCUACGAUCGGAGAUCUUGGCUGUUUAUCUCAGCUGGUUCUCCACAGCAACCAUCUGGAAAACUUCAGUGAGGCCCUCUGCCUGUCCACGCUGCAGCGGACCCUCCAGCUCCUGGACCUCAGCCAGAACCGACUGCAGUCGCUUCCCGUUCAGUUCUGCCAGCUCCGGGAGCUAGUCAAUCUCAAGCUGGACGACAAUAAGCUGGUUUCUCUGCCAUUCCAUGUGGGACGCCUCAACAAGUUGAGGUUCCUUUCCGCCGCGCACAACCAGCUGGCCGUGCUGCCCGGCGACUUCCGCAAACUGAGGCUAGAGAACCUGGACUUGUUCGGAAAUCCGUUUGUCCAGCCUAACCCUCUGGACCACAGCAUGCAGCUCACUUUCCCGGUUUCUCUUCAAGAGAUGGCUUCCAGAGCUGUAGCCGACCUCAGAAUCUCAUACGGACCUCACCUCAUCCCUGCACACUUGUGUCGAGACCUGGAAUCGGCCAAAAUGUGCGAUUGUGGGCGCUUUUGCGUCAGCUUCUACAUCAAGACGGCUGUCAGCAUGAACCUUCACCAGGUUUCUCACACGGUGGUCCUCGUGGACGACAUGGGAGGCACAGACGCUCCGGUGCAACAGCACUUUUGCUCCCUUUCUUGCUACUCUGAAUUCUUGGACAAUUCUCUCCAGAGGGGAAUCAGAUGAGAACCUUUGUGUGCUUGAAGAUUACAUAGUUUGGAAUGCUUAAGGACGAUGUUGUAGUGGCAGUAUUCAGCUUUUUUUAGUUUGAGAGAAGUCGAUCAAAUAGCACAAAAAAGCGUUCAUAGGCUAUCCGGCAGAUUUGUGAAAUGUUCAUCCUGCAUUCCUCUACUGACCUAUUUAAGUAGGGAGAGGGAAUAACGCAAUUAUACGUGCCAUGACCUCAUUGCCUGUAGGAGCGGGCUAAAGGGAGUUUUUAUUGUGCUUUGUGACCCACUAUUUUCAUGUGUUAAAAAGCUUAAAUAAAAUCUAUUUCUCCUAGGUUCAUGAUGGGACCUCAAAAUGAUUUGCUACAACCCCACAAUCCAAGCUGUCAGUUCAGCCUUUUCCAGCGAACAUUCUAGAGCAGAGGUCACGGAACCGCGGACCUCGGUCCAGUUCCGGACCCCCAAGCCGUCUGGACCGGAUCUCAAGCUGUCCGGACUAAUACGCGUUGCAACAACAAAAAUCUUUUUUUUCUGCGGGUUUGCAGAGCGGAGGUGGGCAACAAACAAAAACCUUAGCGGUGACGCGCGUGAGCCAGCCAAUGGGAGUGAAGCAUUUAAAAGUUACUUUUAGAACAGCAUGUCUCCAGACUCCGCGGAGUGACAGCCAAAAAACUGAGCCGAAUCAAGUUGGAGGAAGAGGCGAAAAGGUACGGCAAAUGGUGUCCUCAAAACUACGCAAGAUUGAUGCAGACAACAUAAGUGUUUAAGGAGGAGUAGACCAACACAUUUUUGUUCAUUUUACCUGGCGGCAGCACAAGACCGCUAUGCCUCAUCUGUUCAGAGACGCGGUGUUCUGCCAAAAUCUGCUACAUCGGCGAAACGUCCUAAAUGAGUCGAAUUUGACACCCAAAGUACUACCGUGCGCGCUAAACUUGUUUUGUUUGGAUGCAUACAGGCAGAACGUACUAAAAUGCCUUAAGAAAAUACUUAAAUGCAGUUAUACCAAAUAAGGACGGUUUAAAUACGCUACGUGACUAAUGUGGUCAACUGCUUCAAAGCUAACACAAAAAGCCACAAUGGUUAAACGUAUGAGAGGGUAAUACAUGCAAAAAGGCAAUGAAAAGGUUCUAAAAAACUAAAUAAAAACAAAAAUAGUGAGUACUCGCCGCUUCUGACCGAUGUGCGGAUGCUUGCGCAAGCGCGCUGAGCGUUGUGUAGACGUUUCGCCGCUUAGUAAGGAAUGGCCGAACAACGGCAGCGCCUGUAUAAAUUAGCAAUUUGAAAAGGUACUAUGAGACGAAGCACGCAGCUUUUUCGCAAAGUUUCCCUGUGAACUCUGCCAUCCGUUCUCAAAAAAUAGUGGAAUUAAGGUCUCAAUAUGAUCGCUUUAUAUUUAUUACUAAUUAAUUAUUAUUAAAUAUUAUCUAUUAGGGUUGUUCCGAUCAUGUUUUUUUGCUCCCGAUCCGAUCCCGAUCGUUUUACUUUGAGUAUCUGCCGAUCCCGAUAUUUCCCAAUCCGAUUGUUUUUUUUUUUUUUAUGCUCCCAAUUCAAUUCCAAUUAUUCCCGAUAAUUUUUCCCGAUCAUAUACAUUUUGGCAAUGCAUUAAGAAAAAAAUGAAUCAAACUCGGACGAAUAUAUACAUUCAACAUACAGUACAUAAGUACUGUAUUUGUUUAUUGUGACAAUAAAUCCUCAAGAGGGCAUUUACAUUAUUAACAUUCUUUCUGUGAGGGAUCCACGGAUAGAAAGACUUGUAAUUCUUAAAGGAUAAAUGUGACUUUGUAUAUUGUGACUAAAUAUUGCCAUCUAGUGUAUUUGUUGAGCUUUCAGUAAAUGAUACUGUAGCCAUUUAACUUCUGCACAAAUGCAUGAUGGGAAGUGCAACCAUGAUUGUGCAAAGUGUCACCAAUUAAUAUAUCUUCUCUGCGUUGGGAAAUAACAUAGGGUGUUAAGAAAAAGAUCAACUACUACCUUUCUUCCCUACAUUGCUUCCCACGAUAUUUCAAAUUGUUGAGAGAGGGAUUGUAAGGCUUUAGCCAAUUAAAAAAAGGCUCUAAAGGCUGCCAAAAUUCGCUCUACUCAUUUUACGCUGCCUUUUAGCUCUAUAUAUAGGUAAAACGGCACCAUUAUAGAUUGAACGCGACAUUG